ACUGGCCUCUGGAUGUCUCCUCAAGUCUCUCUCACACAUCAGCCAUAUUCUCCAUGAAACCACUUUCUCCUGCUCAGCAGACAGACUACAUCUCCUUCACCUGCAACCCAGAGUUCCUCUUUAAUGUGGUGGCUAAGAACCGGGAUCUUCACUAAACCCGUGUGUAUAGUGAAGGAGAAGACUUUAAACAGCAGGAUGGUCAUGGUCAUGGUCAGCCGCUUCACGUGCACAACUUUAAGUACACUCGGAGCAUAUGGACGAUGUGGUGCAUCACAGUUUGGGGUGAAAGUGCAGCACAGGUGGAUUAAACCGAGGAAUUUGGAGAAAAACGCUCACUUUGCACGCUCAUAUUCCAGCCUGAAUGUUUAUAAUGAAGCUUUUAUUAGAGCUCGAGAAAACCCGGAACUUUUCUGGACUGAAGCUGGACUGGACAUAUCCUGGUUUCACAGAUGGACUAAAACAUUGGACUGUUCGGAUAAAGUGUUUCCAAAAUGGUUUGUAGGAGGAGAGCUGAACAUGUGCUACAACGCUGUGGAUCGUCAUGUUGAAGCCGGGAGAGGAGAUCAGACGGCCGUCAUCCACGACAGUCCUGUUACUCAGUCUAAGCAGAGCAUCAGUUACAGAGAGCUGCUGGACCAGGUGUCUAAGCUGGCAGGUGUUUUGGUAAAGCAAGGUGUGAAGAAAGGUGACAUGGUGGUGAUCUACAUGCCCAUGGUCCCUCAGGCCAUGAUCACCAUGCUAGCCUGCGCUCGUAUCGGAGCUCCUCACAGCCUUAUCUUCGGUGGCUUUGCCUCUAAAGAACUCUCCGUCCGUAUCGAUCACGCUAAGCCUAAAUUGCUGGUGACGGCGUCGUUCGGGAUCGAGCCGGGUCGGAGGGUGGACUACAUUCCUCUGGUGGAGAAAGCUCUGGAGCUGAGUAGCCACAAACCUCACAAAGUCCUCAUCUACAGUCGACCAGGCAUGGGGAAAGUGUACACACACCCGGAGCUGAGCCUGGACUGGGACGAGGAAAUGUCUUCAGCUCGUCCUCACGACUGCGUGUCUGUUCCUGCUCACCAUCCUCUUUACGUCCUGUACACUUCAGGGACCACCGGCACACCAAAGGGUGUUGUGAGGGAUACCGGAGGCUAUGCGGUGAUGUUGAACUGGACCAUGUCCAACAUUUAUGGUCUGAACCCUGGUGAGGUCUGGUGGGCUGCGUCGGAUUUGGGUUGGGUCGUCGGACACUCCUACAUCUGCUACGGUCCUCUUCUCCAUGGCAACACCACCGUGCUGUAUGAGGGUAAACCCGUGGGGACUCCGGAUCCCGGAGCGUUUUUCCGUGUCAUGUCUGAACAUGGUACAUCGUCGGUGUUUACAGCUCCCACUGCCAUCAGAGCGAUCAGACAACAAGACCCUCACGCAGAGUACGGAAAACAGUACGCACUCAAAAGUCUCAGGUGGUUAUUUGUAGCAGGUGAGAGGUGUGAUAUUGAGACACUACAGUGGGCUAAAAGGAGUUUUGGAGUUCCUGUUUUAGACCACUGGUGGCAGACUGAGAGUGGCUCAGCGAUCACAGCCUCGUGUGUAGGUUUGGGAAAUUCUCUCGCGCCCCCUGCUGGAACUGCGGGCAAACCUGUACCGGGAUACAACGUGACUGUGAUUGAUGAUGACAUGCGACAAGUGAAGCCGAGGACGCUGGGAAAUAUUGUGGUGAAGUUGCCUCUCCCUCCCGGUGCUGCUCUCUCUCUCUGGCAGAAUGACGAGCUUUUUAAACAACUCUACUACACCAAAUUCCCUGGUUACUACGACACCAUGGACGCUGGGUAUGUUGAUGAGGACGGGUUUGUGUACAUUAUGUCACGCUCUGAUGAUGUCAUCAAUGUGGCGGGCCACAGACUGUCCACUGGAGCACUGGAGGAGUGUGUAUUGCAGCACCCUGCUGUAGUGGACUGUGCAGUAGUUGGACUGGAGGACUCACUGAAAGGUCACGUCCCUCUGGCGCUGUGUGUCCUCCGACACGAUUUUGAGGAGAAUAAAGGCGUGGUGGUGAAGGAGUUGGUCAGUUUGGUGCGAGAGAACAUCGGUCCAGUUUCUGCUUUCCGGAAAGUUCUGUUCGUCAGAGCUCUGCCCAAAACCCGCUCCGGAAAAAUCCCACGAUCCUCUCUGUCCAGUCUCAUCAACAACAAGCCCUAUAAGAUCAGCCCCACCAUCGAGGAUCCUCAAGUGUUCAAGACCAUUGAGAAGGUGGUGAGGGAACAUCUGAAAGGACCUGGAAGUUAAAACAACACACAUACACACACACACACACACAUACAUACUCUCUCACACACACAUAUGCACAACACAAACACACACACACAUCUGUACGACUCUUGGGAGUGGGUCAGUAGUGGUGUGUGAUUUUGGUCAGUUGAUGAUGUCAUGAGCCGAACUUUAACCUUUAAAGACUAACCACAGAAUUAACUCUGUAUUUUAUAUAAAAAUUCAUGUGUCAGGUUUCAUCUUGAACUUUACUACAGUUAAGCUAAGCUAGUAAAACUGAUUAGCAUGUAAAUGUCAGAAUGCUAGUAACGUAGCACUGUUGGAGCUGCUAACGUUACCAUGGUAACAGUCAUUCUGCUGCUAAUAAAGUCCACUGCUCACUGUAGAGGCUUUAGUAGUCUUACUUUACUAGCUUAACUUUACUAACAUCCCUGUUUAUAUCCUGUUUAUUACUGUUUCUUUCUAACUUAAGUUUUUUUUACUAACUAAUUCUAAAUAAAGCUUUACUCACUGUUAACUCCUGUUAGGUUUAACUUUAAUAACUUUACUUUAUUUACUCUCUUAAGCUGAAGUAAAGUUUGUAGAAUCACUUUACCUAACCCGAGUAAAGGUAAAAUUGUUUAUUGUUUUAAAAGCUUUAACUGAAGCUAGUAAAAUCCUCUUUAGCUAAAGUUCAUAAUGCUAACUUUAGUAACUUUGCUUCAUUUAGCUGAACUUUAGUAACGUUUGGUUUCACUAGUUUAACUUCCUUACUGUUAGCUUAACUUUAAUAGCAUGUGGCUUGAUUUACUCCUUUAUUUUGUACCAAUGCUUACUUGACUAGCCUAGUGUUAAUCUUACAAAACUAAAGCUAAUAAAUCUAGUAACAUUAGUUAAGUUUACCUAACGUUAGUUAGAAAUGGGUUGAAGCAGUUAAGUAGCUCAACUUCCGUUAUUUCUGUUUCUACUUAACUUUGUUAACUAGCUUAACUUCACUCACAUUAAUUACUUUAACUACCUUAACUUUAUUAACAUUAAUUACUUUGUUACUUGCCUCAUGAGCCCAACUUUUUUAUGAAAUGCUAUUAAGCGUAAAUUAACAUUAUUAGCGUGUUAUGCUUCAUGCGUAACUUUCCUAACAGCUGAACUUUAGUCAUCUUAACAUAACUAUCUAAAUUUUUCUAAUGUUACUAGCUUUAAUGUCAGUACUGCUAGCUAGUCUCUCUUAGCUUAGCUCUUGCUUAGUUAGCGGUGGUAGUGAUGUCCUUAGCGCCCCGUCUCCAUCUGUAAGGUAAAACCCACACCAGCAGACUGACACGCUCUUCUUCUUGAUGUUUUUGUAUACUGUACUUUUUAUUGACAAUAUUUUUUGAUCACCACAUAGUUUUGACCAAAAUACAAUCAGUAAUAAAUAAAAAAAAAAUGGACACAAAAUAAAUAAAAUGAUUCUCUGUAACGUGCAGAAAUAACUCGAAGACAGGAAGAGGAGGUUCUGUACAUGAGGUCACCCGGGCAACGCCUACAGAAAAUAAUUCAACAUCUUUACACCGAAAUAAUAAAAUAAUUCACAGCAAGCAACAAAGUUCGUCGUCUUUUAAAAGUUAAGUCUGGACUUGGACGAGUCGAUACACACUCUACGUUCACUAGCAGCUACGCCUGUCUUGUAGUUAUUUCUCCUAGUCGAGAGGCGGGGUUUUGCUUGGUGAUGAAGCCGUCUGAUUGGCUGAUGAGCGAUGAUUGAUUGGCAGCAGAGUGAUGGGACUCUUUCUACAUCCAACAGUCUGAGUGCACUACAAGAAACUGUUUUUUAAUCAGUGGGGGUGUGGUCUCAUCAGACCCAGUCGAAGGGGCCGUGGCUUUGUCCCUGACAGUCUAAACAGGGGCGUGGCUUACCUCCUGCUGUUAGGAUCUGCACAUGUUGUGCCUUGUUUUGGGAUUUUUUUUGUUUGUUUUACUUGACAGUCUAAACUGGGGCGUGGCUUCUAUCUUAACAGACACCCCUCUAUCUUGAUCAACACCCCUCUAUCUUGGGGUGUAGUCUAUAUUUUGAUCGACACCCAUCCAUCUUGGGGUGUGGCCUCUAUCUCGAGCGACAUCCCUCUAUCUUGGGACGUGGCAUCUAAUGUCCCAGUGAAAUGGGCGUGGGCUUUCUAUCUCUGUGACCCAGUGAAAAGGAUGUGCUUUUAGUUUGUGCUUCAGCCCCAGAAAAGGGGGCGUGGUCUGAAUUUCUCCAAGCUAACACUGUUUACACCGUACAAUACUGAAUCACGUCACGUCGUACCGAAACGACUCAACGAAUCAAACUGCACUGAACCUCCGAAAGAUUUGAAUGAUUCGUUCACACUUCCGGUGAUUCGUUACGUUUAUAAAUAAAUAAAGAAGUGAUACGAAUCGUCUGAACGAACCUUACUGUUUAAAUACAGCUACAAUUAAAUUACUUCUGUUUUUCAAAGGCUUUGGAAUGUUUAAGUACUUUAGUGCACGCAGCAUGGGAAGACUGAGCUGAGCCACGCCCACUUUUCAGCAGUUUGUACUGAAACAUGAAGGGGUUCAAAUCAAUAAAGUUACAAAACGGAUUUUUUUAAAAAUGUAACUAAACCUAAAUUAAAGUGGAGUUUAAUAAACGCUGCAUUCACAUAAACAAUUUAAGUGCAGGUUUAUUUAACUCAAUAAACAUUACUAGCUAAAGUUCGUUCAGUUAAAGCUAGUUACUAGCUUCACUAGAUUCAUUUCCAUACUAUUGCCUCCUCUUUUAGCUUAAAUGAGUUGUUCUGAUUAAAUCGAUUUAUUUUCCUAAAUAAAUGUCUAUUCCUGAGUCUCUUCUUACCAGCAAUAAUAAUAAUAAUAAUAAUAAUAAUGUGUUUCUGAUUCUAAAGUUCCGACGCUAGCAUUCCUGUUCUUCCUGCAGCUUAGCAUUUGCGGCAUUACUUGAUUUUCUGGCGUGUUUUGUAACACUAGUAUAAAAUUAGUAAUGUUAUUUUUCUUCAUUAGCUUAUCAUGUACUGUUCUCUCCUUCAGUUUUGUAGCAUUGCUAGCUUGUUCUGUGAUGUUUACGCACCAUCGCAUCUUUAGUCAUGUGAUUCCUUUCACUAGUUUAACUUUCUACACUAGCCUAAGCUCUGUACUGUUCCUUCUUUUGAGCUUAACAAGCCGUAAAAACUUCCAUAUCCUCGCUAAUGUAUUUUUUUUCACUAGCUUAGCUUCUGUACUACUUCCUUUUAGCUUGACUUCAGUAACAUUAGUUCAUUUCAUUUGGAAGUAAUGUCACACACUGGGGUCAGUUUUAAACAGUGCAAAGUUUUCUGUUUGUUUUUUUUUUCUUAUUUUGAGGUUUCAUACCGUUACUCAUCAGCUUAUAAAAUGACUUAGCUUAUUCUGUACUUGUUUUAGCUAGCUUAACUUUAGUAACAUUACCACCUUAACAUCUGUAGCGUUACACCACUUUAUCUUUAGAUACUUUUCUUAAUUUACUAGCUUUAGUUAAUGUUACCUACUUUACUAGCAUAGCUUUAGUUAGGUCAAUGUCUUGACUAGCUUAAUGUUAGCAUGGUUCAGCUGGGCUGUCUAGCCUCAGUGACAUAACACUUAAACUCAGCAUCAUAACAUGACCUCAGGGUGAAGUCAUUAUUAAAAAUGACACGGGCCCAAAACAGAACCCUGUGGAACACCUCGAUCCGCUGUAAUGAUUUCUGAACCAGGUGAAUCAAGAAGAAGAACAAAAAGAAGAAGGAGCAUGAUGUUCAUGAUGUGAAGUAAUAAAAAAAAAAAAACAGUCAAGGUCUCAGAGCUGUGAAGCGUUGCGGAAGCCGAAGGGGGUCAAAAAUCUGAGAGUUGAAUAACAAACAUGGAAGAAAGUAAUAAUCAGGAAUAAAAUGAGUGUGUGGUAUAAAUGUGCUGCUAAUCACUCUGUCUGUGGCAGUUCAACACUAUCAAUAUAUUUAUAUCCAAAUAAAAUGAAAUCUGAAACCUUUUUGUUGUCCAAUAACUGAAAAUAAAAACAGUUUGUGGUAGUGCACUUGGAAUUGAAAACUCUUAACAGUUUCUUAAAGCAGCAGGGUUGAACCUCUUACGCCUUCACACAUUCAUAAUUACGCUCUUCUAACACACAGUCAGGUGUGUGUGUGUGUGUGUGUGUGAGACAGCAGGAGGUGUGGUACAAAGAAAUAAAAGUGUGUGACAGAAGGAAUGAAGUCGGUGUUGAAUACAGCAGUGUGUCAGUAGAUGAUAGAGAUUUGGAUAUAAAACUGUAUCUAUAAUCCUGUACAGUCACUCUGGCGUAGAGAGGGUGGGACAGGGGCGGGGUUAGGUGGGCGGGGCAGGAGAGCACCGUGGCGCUUUACGGUUUGGCCCCCGUCUGUCCGGGCAACGUGUGUGUUCUCUUGGCAGUGUGUGUGAGCAGAUCUCUGAUCCCCGACAUCAUCAUCACACUCGAGUCCGCAACACUGCUGCAACACACACACAAAAACACACCCAUACAUCAACACACACACACACACACACACACA